UCUGACCUCCUAACAGGUAUGAGCAACUGUGCUCUCCUGCAUUUCUCUCAGAAUGGAAUCUGUGCUCAAAUAUCUGGACUGGACAUCAGUGGGCUUGGCCCUGCUGGUUGGUCUGCUCUCUUUGCUUCUUCUGGAGCUCUUCAGGUGGAAUUCCUUCAGGAGCCAAAGCCCCCCUGGACCCAAAUCACUGCCCUUUGUCGGUAACCUGCCCCAGUUUUCAAAAGAUCAAAUGGGCAUCAUCAGAUCGUUGCCAAAAUAUGGUGAGAUGUGCUCCAUAUUCCUCGGCAGGAAGCCAACGAUCGUACUGAACAACAUGCAGCUUGCAAAGGAAGCCUUUGUUCAGAAUGGAACCGUGUUUUCUGGGAGGCCUCUUCUACCUUUACAAGCAUGGCUCACCAAAGGCUAUGGUAUUAUCUUGGCCAAUUAUGGUCACUCUUGGAGGCAGCAGCGCCGCUUUGCUCUACACACACUGCGUGACUUUGGUCUGGGAAAGAAAACUGUGGAGGAACGUGUGGCUGAGGAGGCACAUUACCUCAUCAAGGAGAUGCUCAAACAAGAAGACCGCUUUGAGUACAACGACAAGCGCUUCGCUAAGCUGCUAGAAAUUCUGAAUGAAAGCAUUCGGCUUGGAGGAACAACUAUGGCGCAGGAAGAGUUAAAGGAGGACACCACAUUCCAUGUGGAGAACAUGAUGAAGUCAGUCUUUGACCUAUUUAUAGCUGGAACAGAAACUACAGCAACCACCCUCAGAUGGGGCCUCGUUUACAUGAUGAACCACCCUGACGUGCAAGAGCGUUGUCAUGAGGAGAUUAUUCGGGUACUGGGUUUUGACCGUUCUCCCUGCAUGGAAGACCGCGCACAGCUCCCGUAUACUCACGCCACUGUUUAUGAGAUCCAACGCUAUGCUAGCAUCACUCCUCUUGGCCUCAUCCACCAAACCACUGAACCAGCACUGCUAAGAGGAUACCACCUGCCCAAGGGAUCUACAAUCAUGGUCAACUUAAAGGCCAUCAUGACUGAUAAACAGCACUGGAAGUAUCCAGACACGUUCAACCCAGAGAACUUUCUGGAUGAAAAAGGACAGUUCUGCAGAAAUGAUGCCUUUCUGCCAUUCUCUUUGGCGCUUGAAGUUCUCAUGGCCUGCUGGAACUCCACACCCAAACAUGGAUGGCAUUGUGGGCACAGUUCGUUCUCCAUUCCCCUUCAAUAUGAUCUGCCACAGCAGAGAGACCACCCACUGAAUCAAGUUUGCCCUUUACAUGUGAAUGGACAACAUCACCCCAGGAGAAGUUCCUCUUCUUUAACACAUCUAAUCAGUCUCAACAAGAACACAUUAUCAAGCUCUUUCUUUCUAUUAGGACCAAUCAGGGGAAAAUGUCUAAUACAUGAUAUUCCACCAAAACUUAUGGUUUAAAAAGAAUGAUGAGAAAUAAAGGCCAAUUCUAUUGUAUUGUAUUGCAGCGCACAUGUCUGAGUUUAAACAAAUGGAAAAUAAAUAUUUAAGAUUCUGCAUUCAUGAUUUAUUAUUGAGGUCCAUAAAGACGUGGGUGAGCCAGUUUG